UGCAAAUAAUAACACGCUCGUGGAUUGCUCAAAAAUUUAAUUUGUCGCAAAUUCGUUUCUCAUUCAGUCUGAUUUUACCUUUGUUCUGACAAGGUUGCGACUUUUGGUUUUUUAAGGAGGAUAGGAAAUUAGACAGGUUUUAUACCCACGAUUUUUUUACACCACAACUUGGCUUGGCAAUUAGACGCAACUUGGUAGACUGUGACCGUAUUUGUGCUGGUGUGUUUUCGUUGGAGACGCGCAGUCUGAUCUUCCGUUUUCCCCAGAUUACAUAAUUACAUUCGUACGAAUCCCAAUCGAGGUUCACAACUGUAGCUAACUUGCUCUCGUUGUCUUUGACUCCGACAAGAUGCGUCCCCACUUAACGGAUCUAACCAACAAUGGAGGAAGUGCUGAGGAAUCCGAGGACGGUUCCACCACCACCCCCGCAGCUUAUCAUCAAGCCAUGAUGUGCACCAGGCAGGCUGGUAAGGCCAUCAUUCGUGUCGUGGGAAGGUGCAAUGACGCCAAGGAGAAUGAAAAUUUGGAUUUAUCGGACUGUCAAUUGAUGCAAGUCCCCGACGCAAUUUUUCUCCUCAUGCGAAACACUAACCUCAAAACUUGUGAUUUAUCGAGCAAUGUCAUCACCAAAAUCCCUCCACAAUUGGGACACAAGUUUUCCUGCAUUCGAAAACUUAACCUGUCCCACAACCGAAUGAGCAAGCUACCCGAAGAGCUUCGAAACUUGGGGCAACUAUCAAUCCUCAACAUUUCGCACAAUGCUUUCCUCAACGUGCCACGAAUUGUGUAUGAGCUUCCCAAAUUGGAACAACUUAAUGCGGAAAAGAAUUACAUAGCAGACGUGGACACGGAUCGGCUAAGGCGUCGAGUGUCCAUAAAACUGGUCAACCUGAAGGAGAACCCCCUCUCGAAAGAGGCCGAGGGACAAUUAGCCACCAUUUCAAACAUCACGAUCCAUUUCAGCCCCCGAGUUAUGGAGGAAUGGGAGCAGACUGGGGACGGAUAUUGAACUUCUACCGCUAAACAUAAUUACUACCAAUUUACAAUAUUAUUUCUAAGGAUUUGACUUAUUUCAUACAGAUUUUAAUACUUUUCGCUAUUACUCAACUUAUAUCUUGUUAUGUUCACUCGCUAUAUAUAUACUUUCACUCAUGUCAUCAUAUUAUGGUGAUAUUGUCCCUGAUAAUAAUCAGAAAGAAAUCUUUUAGAAAAAUGGCUACAAAAUAACAAACAUAGACUGCACACAUCUCCCUCUGCGUAAAUAUGUAGUGUAUGUAUGUAUAUAGAAGUGUGUGCAUACGGUCUCUCGUUCCUUAUUACGUAAUAAUUAAUUUGUGAGAGUUUAAAUAGCGAGGAGGAGAGAAAUAAUGACAAUUUACGUUUACACGACCAUUUCUAGUCCGGAUGUUUUAGUCCUAGUCCUGAUUUGAUCACAUAGUUUAGGAAUAGAUACAAGUAUAGCUUUAGACCAACAAGUCAGAUCUUAUACAUAAAGUGAACGAGUUAUGUACUGUGCGGGUGGAGCUAAAACCUACGGCCUCCUAAAGUAUCUUGUGCUGAGACUAGGGUUUCUCGUAAGUUUUGCUCCAUCCGCACAGUACAUAACUCGUUCACUUUAUGUAUAGUCGUACAAACCUUUACUACUAAUCGCGAGUACCCAUUUACUACGUUACCUCUGAAGAAAACAGACGUUGCAAAUUAUUUAGUAACGAAACACGGUACACGCUGUUUCUUUUCGAAGAGUCGUAUACACUUUUGUACGUAGUAAAUAAUGCAAAUACACAAUACGAUCGUUUGAUACGUAUGAAUGUUCGCUCGUUUACUACUAAGGUUUACAAUCAUAAUAGGAUGGACAAAUAAUUGCGAAUCAAUGAUUAUUGCAUGACAUACCUAUCUAGUCCUUUGUUAAUAAGUAACCCGUGAUUUGGAAUUUGUAUAAUCGAUUUAGCUAAAUUUAGGGAGGAUGAUUUGGAUUCGACAUUUAAAAACGGUUAACGUUAGUAGAAGAAAAAUUGUUACGAUUUAAAUUUGGUUGAAAGAAAUAUAGAAUGAUACUUAUAUGUACGA